AUGGUGUUUGUUCAGCCUUCCCCCCAUCAGGUUAUUCCACAGCAGAUGUUGGGUAGGACACUGGGUGAUGCUCCCACUGUGAUUAAUUGCCCGCACUGUCUUCAACAAAUUACCACCAGCGUGUCUUAUAAACCUGGAAAUGCAGCAUGGGCCAUGUGCUGCCUGCUUACACUGUUUGGGACGUCUACUGUUGGUUUCAGGCUCGUCUGUGGAUGUUGCAUUAUUCCCUGCUGCGUGAAAGAAUUCCAGGAUGCGCAUCAUUCAUGUCCGGCCUGUAACAGAUUCUUAGGGAUACACGUUCGCUAAAACACACACACGCACACACACACACAGUUUAUUACCAUCAUUGUAUUUACAUUGAAAAAUGAUUUGUAGCUAAUUUAUUCUAUCCUUGGACUUAAAGCAAGCAAUAACGUCAUUACUGAAAUAGAAAUCUUUCGGAUCAUGAUCUGUAAGAUUAAACUGAUAAAUGUGACGUGCUCAUGCAUUUUAUGUGGAUGCAGACAGUAGAAGCGUUUGAUGUGUUAAUGGGCGUAGAUAAAUGUAAUAAAUAAAUUUAUUCAGUUUUCCUUUGAGAUAAUUAAAGUAACAUGCUGGUAACAGUGGAAACUAACAAUUCUUAUGAAACGUCUUGAUAAACAAUACAUUUUCCUUUAUUUAAGCUUUGUGCCUACUUGUCCCUUAAUUCUCCUUACAAUCUGCGAUUAAAGACAAAAUAACUGAACAAUAUUUACUUGCAUUGCUACACUGCUGUUGAGACGAGGAUGUGAUAUAUUUUGAACAAUAGGCUGCAGAAAUGGAAAACAGCUGAUCCCUUGACACACACUCCCCCAGGCUUCCUGUUUCCUGUAAGCCUGCUGUUUGGUCAGAAAUGAAAGCUCCUGCGCUGUAGAGGGUGGAGUGGUGCAGUAAUGUAUGAGGAAUUCAAAAUCUGCUGGAAACUCACUCUUACUCUUUCUCUUAGAGCAAACACAAUUCCAAAACAGUAUUUUCCUAACUUCAGGUGACGGCUUAAAAUUCAAGUCCUGUUUCUUGCAGCCUGGAUG